AUGACAAGCGGAGCGUUAGCGGGCCAUCGGACCGUGACCGUGAUGUCAGAAGACGGAAGCGGCAGAGUAAGGUUCCCCUGCGGCCAGCAGAAGGUGCCCAUGGCCCAGCGGCAGGAUUUACCGGCCGCCGACAGAAGGCCUGUGCACACAAUACGGAAAAGCUGCUCCCAGCUCCCGCCGCCACCCCAGCCUUUCAAAAGAAAACUUUCGUUGCAUCUAGGCCUCCUACAUGUAAAGCGGUUGCCGACGUAUGAUAAAAUAGUUAGAAAAAUCACAUGUCUUGUAAAUACCCAUUUGUUAAACAAAACAAAACAAAAACUAUAG